AUGCCCGCAUCAAAACCCGCCCAGUCUGAAUGCCGCUUCUCAACCCGGAUUUCAAUCCGCUGGCUCCCAGACCCACCCUCAGAAACAACAGAUACAAUCGUCAUGUCCGUAAAAGACUGGUAUCUAGACCUCCGCAUGGAAAAGGGAACAGGAGCAAUCGACUGGGCCAUUGCCGGACGGCGAAUUGUCGAGGGUCAAGAUCCUUUACGAGUAUCUUUCUCCCACGAACUUGAUUCCCAUGAUGCCUUUGAAAGCGUCGAUUGUGGGACUUUUGUUACUUUGCCUAAUGGCGAUGAUCUUGAAACGGGUAUCAUGCCGAGACCUGAUUUACCUGGUGCGCCUGAGUGUGCGUAUGAGGAGGUUUGGAGGGAGUUGGCGUUUCGGGGUGGGCCUGGGGGGGAGGGGGGUUUCGGUAUUUCUUGGGUUCUUGAGUCUGAUAAUGAAAAUGGAGAUGGGGAUGGUGAAAAAGAAAGAGGUGUGCAGGUUGUCAAGACUUUCCUUGGGCGCAUUUGGGGGACGUAUCUGGCUUUGCGGCAAGUUCAGACCCAUGCGCGGUUGAGGGAUCCGUCGGGUGCAUUAGUUGUUAGGAAGUCUGGUGCUGGUGUUAGUGCUAGGAGGGAGGAGUGGGAUGGGGGGUGGAAGGAAAGGUAUGUUGUUGAGGAGGGUGCUGGUUCUUUGCCUUCUAUGGUGAAUGGGUUUACUGGGGAGGCACGUUGGAAGGUCGGAGAUAAAGUGGAUGUUAAUGGGACAAGGUAUAUUGUGAGGGCAUUUGAGAAUUUGGGCGUUGACACUAAGCUAUAA